AUGGUGAAAGGCAAAUCGGAUCAUUCCAUGUUCUACAAGUGGUCAAAAACAGGUAUCAUCUGGUUGGUGGUUUAUGUAGAUGACAUUGUCAUUACAGGGAACGACACCGAAGGGAUUUUGUCUCUCAAGUCAUUUCUUCAUAGUCAAUUCCAAACAAAAGAUUUGGGACCACUGAAGUAUUUCCUGGGUAUCGAAGUUAUGAAGAGCAAAACAGGAAAACUAGGGACUAAACCCUGCAAUACUCCCAUGAUACCGAACUUGCAAUUAACAAAGGAGGGGGAAUUGUUUGAAGAUCCUGAGAGGUAUAGGAGAUUGGUUGGGAAGCUAAAUUACUUGACCGUAACCCGUCCAGAUAUUGCAUACCCGAUUGGGCAGGCUCCAAAGGAUCGUAGAUCAACAACUGGAUAUUGUGUUUUCUUUGGAGGUAAUCUGGUUUCCUGGAAGAGUAAGAAGCAGAGUGUAGUAUCUCGUUCGAGUGCAGAGUCUGAAUAUAGAGCGAUGGCACAAUCAACAAGUGAAGUGAUGUGGAUACACAACCUUUUGUAUGAGUCUGGUUUCAAAGCUCCAAUUCCUGCAAAGCUAUGGUGUGAUAACCAAUCUGCUCUUCAUAUUGCAUCAAACCCAGUGUUCCAUGAACAAACUAUGCACAUAGAAAUUGACUGUCACUUUGUACGUGAGAAGAUACAACAAGGGUUAAUCUCCACAUGA